AUGAAGGUUGCGUUUGGCUCUGCGUUGCUGUCGGCUUUUGCCUUGCAGCGUGCUUCCGCUACUUUCAACUUCCCCGGGUUUCCCGGGUUUCCAGGUUUCCCCGGGUUUCCAGGCUUCCCAGGCUUCCCAGGCUUCCCGGGUUCCCCAGGUUCCCCAGACCCUAAUUAUCCCGUCGAGCCAACACCCACGGAUUAUCCUGUCGAGCCAACGCCUACAGAUUAUCCCGUUGAACCUACACCCACGGAUUAUCCCGUUGAACCUACACCCACGGAUUAUCCUGUCGAGCCAACGCCUACAGAUUAUCCCGUUGAGCCAACGCCUACAGAUUAUCCCGUUGAACCUACACCCACGGAUUACCCCGUUGAACCUACACCCACGGAUUAUCCCGUUGAACCUACACCCACAGAUUAUCCUGUCGAGCCUACACCAACAGAUUAUCCUGUCGAGCCAACGCCUACAGAUUAUCCCGUUGAACCUACACCCACAGAUUAUCCCGUUGAACCUACACCCACGGAUUAUCCUGUAGAGCCUACACCAACAGAUUAUCCUGUCGAGCCAACGCCUACAGAUUAUCCCGUUGAACCUACACCCACGGAUUACCCCGUCGAGCCAACACCCACGGAUUAUCCUGUUGAACCUACACCCACGGAUUACCCCGUCGAGCCAACACCCACGGAUUACCCCGUUGAACCUACACCCACGGAUUACCCCGUCGAGCCAACACCCACGGAUUACCCCGUUGAACCUACACCCACGGAUUAUCCUGUUGAACCUACACCCACGGAUUACCCUGUGAGCCCUGAGCCAACACCCACGGAUUACCCCGUUGAGCCAACACCAACAGAUUACCCUGUGAGCCCUGAGCCCACUCCGACAGAUUAUCCCGUCAGCCCAGAACCUACUCCCACGGAUUACCCUGUCUCCCCUGCUCCUACAGAUGCUACGGAUUACCCGGUGACCCCCGAGCCUACUCCCACGGAUUACCCUGUCUCCCCUGCUCCUACAGAUGCUACGGAUUACCCGGUGACCCCCGAGCCUACACCCACAGAUUAUCCUGUCUCCCCUGCUCCUACCGAUUCUACGGAUUACCCUGUCUCCCCUGCUCCUACCGAUGCUACGGAUUAUCCUGUCUCCCCUGCUCCUACAGAUGCUACGGAUUACCCUGUGAGCCCCGCUCCUACCGAUGCUACGGAUUAUCCUGUCAGCCCAGCUCCUACCGAUGCUACGGAUUAUCCUGUGAGCCCAGCUCCUACCGAUGCUACGGAUUAUCCUGUGAGCCCAGCUCCUACCGAUGCUACGGAUUAUCCUGUGAGCCCUGCUCCUACCGAUGCUACGGAUUAUCCUGUGAGCCCUGCUCCUACCGAUGCUACGGAUUAUCCUGUCAGCCCCGCUCCUACCGAUGCUACGGAUUAUCCUGCCAGCCCUGCUCCUACCGAUGCCUACCCUGUGUCGACCAUCACCGCAGCACCGAGUUACACUACCUCUACCAUCUACACCACAAUCUGUGAGACGGUCACCAGUUGUCCUCCUUCCGUUGUAUCAUGCCCAGCUGGCGGAUAUCCCGUUGUCGUCACGAGGACCGUUGCUAUAGCAACAACGGUCUGUCCAGUAGAGGCAGAGGCAACAACCCCCCCACAAUCCACCUACACUACCUCCACCGUUUAUACAACAACCUAUGAGACGGUCACCAGCUGCCCUCCUUCUGUCCCGUCAUGUCCAGCUGGCGGGUAUUCCACUGUUAUCACGAAGACCAUCCCUAUCUCAACAACGGUCUACUUGGUGGAAACAGAACCGACAACUCCACCUUACCCGACCCUCCCUAAUCAAGGUUAUGAUACGGCUAUCCCAGCUACUCCAUAUACCUUGAGCACUGCCAUCUACCCAACUGCCACAGUUGGUUCUGAGUCGCCCACGUACUCUGGAGCUGCAGAGCCAUCGGCUAGAGGCUCGACAGCCUUUAUUGCAGCCUUCCUGCUGCUCUCAGGCCUAACGCAGCUCUAA